ACUGAACACGCCCCCGGCCCUAAUCUUCUAAAGUGUCAUCUACAUUCUACUGCGAAGGGGAAGUAAAAAUACCGCCGACAAAUAACAAGAUCGCUUGUUUUGAUGUUUAGAAUUAGUUGCAAUGGCGCACAAAAGCAUCGAUUUUCCUGCCUUUAUUCCACAGUUGCAGCAGCGGCGGCACCUGCUACUGUAUUGGCGGAGUUCCUGGUAAACUCACUUGACUUCUCAACAAAAGAAGCCAUUUCUACAAGCGCCAAGCUAUCUCGUUCGAAACACAGACACUAUGACCCGCAUUUGUUAUUUGAUCUCCUUGAUGAAAUGGGUAUGAACAAAUCACAGAUCAAAACCCUUGUUUCUUCUUCUCCUCAAUUGUUGUUUUGUCGUGUUGAUGAAAACCUCAAACCCAAGAUUAAGGUUUUACAAGGACUUGGCUUAUCUGUAUCUCAACUUGCUACAUUUAUGACAAGAAGCAAUUUUUUGACAAGAGGUUUAGAUACUAUUAUACAGCCUAAUCUUGUUUAUCUAAGAGAUUUAUUGCCUACUCAUCAUCAUGUAGCUAUGAUUCUUAUAAAAGAGCCUAGGUUGCUUUCCUACAAUCUUCCUAAAGUUAUGCCACCCAAUAUAUCAUUGUUGCAAAAUUUUGGCUUUUCAACGCCUCAUAUUCUCAAGGCUUUUCACAGGCAUCCUAGGUUUCUGCUCAAUAGUCCUGAGUGGUUUGAGAGAGCAGUACAUCGACUAGUAAAGGAUUUUCAUAUGCCUCUCAGUUCAGGGAUGUUUCUUCAUGGCGUUGAAGUACUUGUGUUCCUUGACGAAUCUAAAUUAGAAAGGAAAUUAGAUAUUUUUCGCAGUUUUGGAUGGUCUGAAUCUGAUAUCUGCCGAAUGGUGCAAAAGCUUCCUUACUGUUUGGCCUCAUCAGAGGCUAAGAUAAGGACUACAUUGAAGUUUUUCAUGAACGAGUUGGGGUAUGAACCUAAUUAUCUGGCUUCUCGUGCACCGCUUUUAAAGUUUAGCUUGGAGAAGAGGAUCCUGCCAAGGAAUGAAAUCUUGAAAUUUCUUAAAGAAAACCAGCUGCUAAAAGGGAGUCUAUGUCUUUACACUGCUGUGUCAUUUUCUGAAUCAGAUUUUCAAAAGAAAUGUGUACUUCCUUUCAGGGAAAAGAUGCCCGAGAUGUAUGAUUUAUACAUGAAAAGUAGAAGCUGAAGAGAAAUCCCUACAGUGGAGAUAAUGGCUGCAGAGCAAAGAGGUAAGUGGGUCUACUAUCUUCAUUAUAUUUUGAAAGAGCACCUUCUAUCAACCCUGGUCAAGUGUGAGCAACUGGGCAUGAUGCUCUACAUGCAGUAGGUACCUAUUGUUGACAACUCUUAAAGGUGGCGAUUGACUCUUAAGAGUCUUAGUGAUGUACUUGUCCUGGGAGAAUGGGUACCAUCAUGAGUAUAUAAGUAAAAGAGAAGCUAAAGUAUCCUCUGAAAUACUUCACGAAUCAACUUGUAUGUUUAAGCAUUGCAUGACUGACCCUUAAUCUAUAUGAUAUAUACUUUUUUCCUAACUGGAAAUUACUUGACAUUUUCCAUUUUUGUAGUCUCAAAGCAGUCAUGGUAGUGUAGCAAACUAGGCUGUCUGUGCCACAAACCCUGCACAGUAUCUCCAUUUCUUUUCUUUUCCUUGUUGAAAAGGUAUGUUAUUGCUUUAGCUCAAAGGUUCUGCAAUAUAUAGAGGGUAUUACAUAGUAAAAAUCAUUAGUCCCUAUGAGAUCUUCCAAUGAUUCAACUUCAUUUACAAUUCCCUUUUUACAUAAAAAUGUGAAACAUGUUUGGCUUAAUCUUGAUAUUCAGCAGAGAGAUGACUGUCUUGA